GAUCUUAUAAGAUCUUGUUGACCACUCACUCAUUCAUGGAAGAGUUAGAGACGGAAACAUUACAUAUGCGAUAUCAUUCUCUCAUCAUUUGCUUGUUGCACAUAUGUACAUGGACAUUCAUACAUAGUCUAUCUAUCUCCUCCUUCUCCUCAUGAUCAUUAUCGUGAGAUGUAUGUAUAUCCAUGUAGGUCAAUAUCUUUGGAGAAAACAACUACUUGUGUCAAUAAUUUUCGACUUCGAUUGCCCAAUAUUCUGUUCAAAUUUUGUCUUUCUAGCACGAUCAGUCAUAUUCGACGUGGAAAAGCCAGCUGAUGAAAAUAGAUCAAAACAACAAAUAGUGAUGAGACAAAUUCUCCGCUUGGCUGCACCCCUUACUUGCUUCUUAAACACGAUAAGUAAGGCCAGCCAAGGUUUUCCACUGUAAAAUGUGUUCUUUCACUUCUGUAUUCAAUCUUCCGGACAGUUGCUCCUCAUACAAUUGAAUCAUGAGUUCCUUCGCCGACAACCUCCUCCCAAUCUAUAUCGUUGGAGAAACCAUACGCGCAAAUUACGCAUACUUUGCCUUUCACACGGCUCCACAGAUAACUCCAUCAUUGAUUGCGCUUCUUUCCGAGACUCUAAAGCUAGCCAUCGCAGCUAUAAUCAUCAAUCAUUCUGAGGAGGGUCUUUCUUCUAUAAGAAAAAGGUUUAACAGGAAUGGCUUCAGGGAUGUUCUGCAAUACGGUGUUCCAGCAGCUUUUUACCUCAUCAAUAACCUGAUAUAUUUCACAAUCAUGCCCUCCACAUCGCCAAGUCUUCUCCAAGUAUGUAUGCUUGCGAAAAUUCCAGCGACGGCGAUCCUGCAUCACUUCUGGGUUAGGAAGCAAGGAAAUGCUCGAUCGUGGAUAUCUCUUGGGUUCCUCUGUUUUGGACUCUUUCUCUUCAAUAUUCCCUCGGGUGAUGAUACAAAGGGCUGGCUUGUUGCUCCUGUGGCAGGGUUAGUGAUAGCGGUAUUUUCUGCAAUCGCCAGCAUUGCUAGUGAGUCUCUUACCAAGACUGGGUCCUUUUGGGAAUCUCAACUAUGGCUCUACCUUUGGGGAGUUUUCUUUUCCAUCAUCUCAUACCCCAUCGCUACUUGGAUGACGGCUGAUCGCGGGACGAAUUCGAAUCUCUCGGUAACAUCCACUGCAACGAUUGCUAUAUAUUUCUCGUGUCUCACAUCUGGUGUUGGUCUGAUCGUUGCUGCUAUGCUGCGGAAAAAAGACAAUCUUACGAAAUUGGUUGGAACCUCGAUCAGUCUGCUCACGAUUGCGGCAACUCAGUAUGUCAUAUUCCCAGCAUUACGAUCGUCGGGCUUCACGGCUUGGAAGAUAAUGGGAGGAUUGGUAGUCAUAAUCUCGACUGGCUGUUACAAUUAUUUCAAGGACACAUCUCCAGAGAAUCUCAAUUCGUUUAGCCGGUUACUUCCAACCUCCAAUGAAUAUACUCAAGAUGGCGAGAUUCUAAGAUCCGAGAAAUCAGGUACUACAUCGGCACUGACAAAAUUGUUCUCGUGGUUUCCUUCGAUGCACCGGAGAUCACCGUCGACUUCUUAUGGAUUGGUUGAAGCUCAGGAAGUUGAGAGCGAAGAGAGCUUACCAUCUGCCAAUAAAGAUUAAACUUAAGCCUCGGAAACUUGCUUCAGAGGCAGAUUUUGGUGAAAUGAUCAUUGGGAAAUCUAAAAAAUUCCAAGGUUAAAUCCGAGUAUUCUUAGAGCUAGUAAUACAAGGAUACUACCAAGUCAUACCA